AUGUCCUUCUUAUUAUGCUGCUUUAAUGGUGGCGGCAGCAGUGAAGGAAGAAGAAACAACAAUACUAAGGCACCAUCUUCCUCCUACCUCAAGCAGAGUAAAGCCCUUGGUGAUGAUAAGGACAGGCCCUUAUUGCAGCAUGAACACCUUCCUUCCUCAACGGAACAAGUUGGAAGUAACAGGACUACACCACUCCCUCCGUCAUCUUCACCCACUUCAGCAACCAUGGUUGCUGUGCAUUCAACAAGACAAGUUUUAGUACGAGAGGAUGAAACCAACCAAGAAGAAGCCAAUCAAUGGAAUGUUGCAACAAAUCAAAACCUGUACUCGAGUGCCACGGAAAGUAAUUUUCUGGAUGAUGAAGUCUAUCAUAAUCGUCCAUCAUACACGAACGAGGAGAAGGAAAGCAUGGUAGAUCAAUAUUACAGCAGCACGAGCGAGUUUAAGAUUCCCAUGCAUUCAUCAUCGUACGAAGAAGAGGAAUACUUUGAUGAUGAUGAGCAUCAUUUAAUGAUCGAUCAUCAACAUGAUCCAUCUACUGGUGUUCAUCCACCACCUCCUCAAACGAAUAAGAAUUUUCAUUGGACCUCUCAAUAUCAUCAAAGUGAAGAAGAUGAAGAUCUUGGAACGGAAAGUGCAAGUCCACCCGAAGAGACGUUUGAUGAGAGUGAAUACAUCGAUGACGAUGAUGAAAUAUUCCAACAAUAUUAUGUAUCUGUGGUAGACAACAUAGACAUGACCAUUGUUGAGUUAGAAUGUAGAAAUAACAGAGAACGAGACAAUAAGAGAAUGAGAAUUAUUAAGGAGCUCAAAAAGACUGAAUGCAAUUAUUUAAAAACAUUGGAAACUCUUCAAACCUAUUAUUUAGAUCCUUUGAAAGAUGGUAAGAAUAAUAUUGUCUCCAAGGACUUCUUUCAAAAGACUGUCGGAGAGUUGAGUGUAAUAUAUGGAAUUAACCAAUUGUUUUUCCAAAAGUUAUCGGAGCUGAUCGACAUUCCAGAGGAAGAUGAAGAUGAAAAAGCAAUGUAUGAGUAUAUUAUCACUAAAUCUUAUGAUAUGGAAGUUAAGUUGGCGAAUGAAAUUGUUUUAUUUAGCCAGGCCUUAAAACUUUAUACCGGUUUCAUUACCAAAUACAAGAAUUCUUUGGAUCAAUUGAACUCGGAGCUUGAAAGAAAUAAGAGAUUGCAACGGUUUAUUAAGCAAGCAUUUAAAUCGAUUCAACUUGCAGGUAUGAAUCCAGCACCACCGAGCUCCUAUUUGAUCGCACCUAUUCAACGAAUACCAAGGUAUCAACUCUUACUGAGUGAAUUGACAAAAAACUCAGCUCACUAUCCAGAACUGCAUGAAAAAUAUCUUCAAGCUACAGAGUCCAUUACCAAGGUGGCAGAAUAUUGCAACGAAAAAGAGAGAGAAGUCCAAAAUUUGGCACGAAGUUUCUCCAUCUCUCGAAAAAUCAGAAGUCGAAGUAUCAUUCAACCCUCGAGAAAAUACAUGGAUGAGUGCUCGUUUGAUUUUAAAAAGAAAUCUCGAAAGGGAAGCUUGACCGCCUAUUUAUUUUCUGACGUUUUAGUUCUCACUGAAAAGAGUAUGAUGCAACAAAAAACAAAGAAACUCAUCUUUAGUAAGGAAAUGCCAAUCUCUUUGGAAGAGGUUGGAGAACAUGGAGUUGCAAUUUGUCAAGGGAAUAACAAGUAUUGGACAUUGAUCAUUGAUCCUACAAGUUCAAAGCAACGACAAUUUAUUUCUCUUCUUAAACAACGAUGUAAAGAGCAGUAG